UGAAUCACAGCCAGAUUGGGCCUUCCUGCAAAUUUGCGUUGGCUCGUCUUCUUCAUUGAUCCUAAACCCUAAAUCAACUCCGGCCGCUGCCACAUUCAUGCAUGGAGUCGUCUGCGUCAUCGCCGUGCUUUGCUGCUCCUCCGCCGCAAUGACCCGGCCCUCCACCGCCAUAACCAGUGCCAUUACCGUCAUCACCAAGCAAAUUGGGACAGGUCAGUUCAGCCUCUCCUUCUUCUCCGCCUCUAAAUCGCUUUCCUCGAUCGCUUCUCUCCCCGAGCAGAGCCCGCCUCCAGACGCCGCAGAGCCGCCGGUCGAUCUCAUCGCCCAGGUCGCCUCGCUCCUCUCGCUCCCGAACUGGCAGAAACAUUCGUCCUUCAAGAAGUUAAUCCCCUCUCUUUCCCCAGCCUUAGUCACCUCCGUCUUCUCUAAUUACCCCAAUCUCAACCCCAACACUGCCCUUGCUUUCUUCAACUUUCUUUCCCGAAGGCCUGCCUUCAAGCCCACCGUUCAAUCCUAUUCAUCUCUCCUCAACAUUCUGAUCCGCCACCGAUUCCUGAAUAUCGCAGAAAAAAUCCGUAUCUCAAUGGUUAAAUCGUGCGAAUCAUCCGAAGAUGCGCAGUUCGUCUUGGAUGCAUUGAGAAAUAUGAAUGAUAGCAAUGUUGGUGAUGGUGGAUUUAAAUUUAAGCUUACUCUUAGAUGUUACAAUUUUCUUUUGAUGUCGUUAUCGAGGUUGCUCAUGAUCGAUGAAAUGAAGAGGGUUUAUGCAGAGAUGUUGAAUGAUAAGAUUCAGCCCAAUAUUUACACUUUCAAUACUAUGGUCAAUGCCUACUGUAAACUGGGGAAUGUGCCCCAGGCUGAGUUUUAUUUGAGUAAAAUCUUGCAAGGUGGAUUGAGCCCGGAUGUGCAUACAUACACGUCGCUGAUAUUAGGCCAUUGUAGGAGGCAGGAUGUAGAUAGUGCUUUUGGGGUGUUCAAGGCUAUGCCAAACAAGGGCUGUCAAAGGAAUGAAGUUUCUUAUACCAAUCUUAUUCAUGGAUUUUGUGAUGCUGGGAGAAUUGAUGAAGCUCUGGCGUUGUUCUCCCGCAUGGGGGAUGAUGAUUGUUAUCCAACUGUCCGGACAUAUACGGUUUUGAUAUGUGCAUUCUGUGAACUGGGUAGGAAAACUGAAGCUUUGAAUCUAUUUAAGGAGAUGACAGAGAAAGGCUGUGAGCCAAAUAUUCAUACUUACACUGUACUAAUUGAUAACUUGUGUAAAGAUGGCAAGCUUGAUGAAGCCAAGCAAAUGUUAAACACGAUAGCAGAGAAAGGGUUGGUCCCUACUGUUGUGACAUACAAUGCUUUGAUGGAUGGUUACUGUAAGGUGGGAAUGAUCGAUGCUGCAUUUGAUGUGAUUAAUUUAAUGGUACUAAAUAAUUUUAGUCCUAAUGUUCGGACAUACAAUGAGUUGAUUUCUGGUUUCUGUAAGGCAGGAAAAGUGCACAAGGCAAUGGCACUGCUUAGUAAGAUGCUUGAUCAAAAGCUUUCGCCUAACUUAAUAUCCUUUAACCUGUUAAUCCGUGGACAAUGUAAAGAGGGCCAUCUAGAUAGUGCUUGUAGGUUGAUUGAUUUGAUGAAAGAGAUAGGUCUGGUCCCUGACCAAUGGACUUAUAGCACUCUUAUAGCUGCCUUAUGUUACAAAGGGAGGGUGGAAGAAGCAUACUGUCUUCUUGGUUCUCUCAAGGAAAAAGGCAUAAAGCCAAAUGAAGUGAUGUAUACUGCUUUAAUUGAUGGGUACUGCAAAGCUGAGAAAAUUGAUUUUGCCUGCAGUUUGAUUGAAACAAUGAUUAAAGAAAACUGCCUUCCAAACUCAUGGACAUUCAAUGUGUUGAUAGAUGGAUUGUGCAAAGGAGAUAAAUUACACGAAGCCUUUCAGCUACUUGAAAGCAUGUUGAAUAGAGGUGUGAAGCCUGAAGUUCUCACUUAUUCGAUAUUCAUCGAAAAGAUGCUGAAAGCAUCUUCCUUUGAUCAUGCUGACAAACUUCUUGACAAACUGGUCUCGUUGGGAUAUAAGCCUGAUGUUUGCACUUACACUUCUUUUCUACUUGCAUAUUUUAACCAUGGGAUGUUGAAAGAAGUAGAGAGUUUGAUGGCAAAAAUGAAUGAAGAGGGUAUUACUCUAGAUUUUAUUGCGUACACUGUAUUAAUUGAUGGGUAUGCACGAGCAGGAUUGGUACAUCGCGCUUUUGAUACUUUUAAAUGUAUGGUUGAUGCUGGAUGUGAACCUUCGCACUAUACCUAUUCUGUUCUGGUCAAGCAUCUAUCUAAGGAGAAGUGGUUGAAAGAAAAAGAAAAUAGAAUGGGACAGGGAUUGAAUCUGGAUGUCACCUCUAUCAACAUUGCUGAUGUAUGGAAAAUAAUGGAAUUUGAUACUGCUCUGCAACUGUUUGAUAAAAUGAUUGAGCAUGGCUGUGCACCUAAUCUUAACACUUACAGUGCACUCAUUACAGGUCUUAGCAGAGAGGCUCGCUUUGAAGAAGCUUGGAGGUUGGUUGAUCAUAUGAAGAACCGAGGGAUAUCUCCAGCCGAAGACAUUUAUAAUUCUCUUGUCAAGUGUUGCUGCAAUUUAGGAAGGUUUGGGGAAGCCUCAAGUCUUGUAGAUACUAUGGUUGAACAUGGUAUUCUACCAAAUCUAGAUACAUACAAGGUGCUUGUGUGUGGUUUAUACAAUGAAGGAAAUACCAAAAAGGCUAAGGAAAUUUUCUGUAGUCUGCUUUACGAGGAAUACAAUCAUGAUGAAGUGGCUUGGAAGCUCCUGAUUGAUGGCUUACUUAAGACGGGCCUUAUUGAUAGAUGCUCUGAACUGGUGGAUGAGAUGGAAAAAAAAGGAUGCAAGCUUAGUUCUCUAACAUAUUCAAUGUUGAUUGAGGGACUUGGUGAUAGAAGAGAAGGGGCAUAAAAGCAAGUUAUUGAAUUUCUGAGGAUUUCUUUUAACAUGUUGCAGGAAUCUAUCUGGUUGCUCCUGAAUGGAUCUGGGGCAAAGUUUCUUUCUCGAAGGAACUCGUUUCUAAUAAAGGGAUGGGGUGCAACCCAUGGACUUUUCCCAUCUUCGUGAAAUUUCUUUUAAGAUUUCUCUUUGGCUGCUCUCACCUAGGUUGGUGGAGGGUAAGAGUGUAGAGAUGUGGAAUCACUUCUUUGAUGCACAAACUCAAUAGCCUUUCUUGUAUUUUCAAUAAUGGAGCAGUUGCCAUAUUGGAAGCAUUCUUCAAUACCAAUUGGAUAUUCCAAAAGCUGAACGUAGCAGCAGCCACAUACACAAUAAUUGAAUUUCAGAACAAGUGUCAG